GCCACACAUUCUGGUCUCUUUCAAAUCUGUCACUUGCUUUCGUGCCCAAAUCUACAGCUUGAGCCCCUUUCUUUCCAGUGUGGGACCCACCAUGGCAGAGAACUAUAGACUACUCUCCGACGCUAGCGAGGAGCGACGGUCUGACGAGGAGAUUUUGCUCCCUGGCGGCCCUUCUGAGAAGACUUCUUUCCGCCAAAAGCUGCACUUUCUUGAGCCGCUUGCGUGGAGAGCAACGAGUCAGAUUGGCACAUGGGCACUUGCACUCUCACUGCUGGUACUGGUUUUUGUCACCACGGCAGGCGCAUAUCACUUCGGGACGAGAUUUUCCUACCGGCCGCUACCGGUGCCCACCAAUCUGGGCUCGUGCGGAGCCACAUCAGAAGAAGGUCAACGCAAGGGAUGCGUUUUCGACUUCAUCAUUGGCACCUGGGUGCGGCCGGAGUGCCUGGACCAUACCAUGUAUAAGCAGUAUAUUUCGGAGUGGGAGAGUCUCAACAUAUCCAUGUUUUCCGAUCCAGACGGCCUCCAUAAAGCUGACAAGGAGUAUACGUUGGGAGGCCACUACGAGCUCAUCUACUCGCACGGCACUUUUCACUAUCUUCACUGCAUAUACACACUUGAGAAGCGUAUGAAGCUUUUGAACCAUGAGUUAUGGGCCGUACCUAGCAACGUUAUGGAGGAAGAGCACAUAAAUCAUUGUUUGAACAUUACGGGCAAACCAUCUGUCCCAGAUAUUACAGAUCCAGCGUUACGUCCUGUUUUCCUUAAGGUACCUAUUGUUGAUUGUUUAGUUUAUAGGCAUUAAAGAUAGCUAGGUUACUAUUAAUAUGCACAGACUUAUAAUACACAUAGAUACGU